UGUUUUUCAACGGACAGCAACAGUAGUGAUAUUAAUAAUAAAAUCGUUAAGUACUAGAUGGACAGAUACGUGCUUGUGGCUGUUCCUACCCAGGAAGGACAGCAUUUGAAAAACAAUGCCGGUCUGGACUUAGCCAAGCAUGUUUAUGACUUUCUCAAAGAUAUCGCCAGUUCAACCUCAGCGACCAGGUUUUCCACAUUUCCAGCUUGCACAGUCAGUGGAGUUCCUGCUGAACAAAGAUGGUACUUUGCCAUCCAUGCAAGUUGUGGAUCAAAGCAGUUCUGCAGCUCAGAGUGGGAGGAACUUGGGGUAGGAUCCCAGCGGAGUGACAGUGAGGAGCAGGGGCCAUCAGCCAUGGAUGCCUGUCAGGAAGUCCUGCAGAACCAGGGGGAAGGAGAUGACAUGAUGGACUCUCAGUCUCAGGCAGAAUUGUAUGAAGAGAGUGCUGAGGGUUUUCACCAGCUCUCCAACCAGCUCCCUCCUCCAGGCAGGGCUCUUGUGGAUGUGAUUUUAUUUGCACCAGAUAAAGAGGUUCCCACCCUGAAGGAAUUUCUUCCCAUUCUCGGCUCACUGAAGCACAUGCAAACCUGGCAUUCAGCUAAGAUCUCUGUAGUUACUGAAGACAACAAAGGGUGGCAGAAAAUGGCUUCAUACAUGUCUGCUAACAUAUAUGACCCUCACAGCUUUCUGUGUUGCAUUGAUAAGAAUGAAUUAUGGAGAGGGAACAUCCUUAUUAGAGAGAAAAAGUUUGCCUCUGAGCUGCAGUUUGAGGGAUUCUGCUUGAAGGAGCGACGUGUAGAUGUGUGGGGCAGCCUGUUGUCCUCUGACACAACUCGCCAAAGCAGCACAAAGCAGAAACCAUAUGCUGAGGUUUUCCAGUAUUUCCAGCCCGUUUUGGAAUUACUGCAGGUGGUCAGUGUUUCCGACCUGCCCGUCUUCUUUCGUUCCUCCAUGGAGUUCGAGCUCGGACUGACCAAGUACUCGACCAGGUCAGCGCGCCUUCUGGAUCAGCUGAGAACCCUGCAAGGAAAGGUUGGAGUACUUCUGUCCCUGUCCUGCACAGUGAGCCCCCUGGCCGUGCCCCCCAUCCCACAGCUCAGCUCCCAGAAGUGGAAGGAGUUUGUGGCUAAAAGACCCAAAGCACUCUCUGUUCCAGAGGCUGAUGUGAAAGGGGAGACUGCUCAGUAUCUCUGGCUGGUUCAGGGCAACGACAGCGGCUCCUGCACGGCGUGGAUGAUACACUCGGCCAGUCAGAUCAACGGAGCUGCUGCCAUGGCGUCCAUCAAUGGGCUUCUGAAAGAAAAGGCUUUGGCAUCGUCAGGCAUGGACACAGCUGCCUGGCUGCGCUCCCUGCCUUGUCUCUAUGGAGACCAGCUGCUGCAGAGGGAGAGGAAGCUGACCAAGGUGCAAAUAUUAGUCCUGAAGGAAUGUCUCAGGAGGAGAGAAGAGGCCCAGAAGAGUCCUUCAGUGCCAGUCAAUGACUUGAAGGUCCUGCUGGGUCUUGCCCGUGAGCAGUACCUGAAGAUGCAUGACAACAACUUGCCCAGAACAAAACUCCUCACUCUGGAGGAGAGGAAGCAGCCCACCAGUGUGGAGCAGGAAAUGGACACUAGAGCUGCAGUGCUGCAACAAUGGCCGGAGAGGAGUGUGCUUCGGAACUUAGAGACCCACAUGAAGCAUCGUCAGACAAAGCGGUCGAGCCUUUUGCUGGCAGGGGGCUCUUCUGAGAGCCUCUUAGGGCCUAAGGAUGUCCAAAAGGUGACCCCUGCUCUGCUGGAUGCUAAGGAGUUGCUGAAACACUUCACACCUGAGGGCCAGCCGAGCGGAGAGCUCCAGCCCCUGCUGGUCCACAGAGGGGAGAAUCCGUUUCACCUCUCCCAAGAUCUGACGCCCAGGAAGGUGACUCAGCUACCUUUCAGCAAGGCAGCCUCCUCCCGCUACCAUGGAAUAGAGUUCUGUCUGGAUGAGCAGAAUGCCCUGGAUCGUGAUCGGGGUUUCACCAAGCUGCAGUCACGUCUCAUUCGUUACGAAACCCAGACCACCUGUUCCAGAGAGCCCUGCCCCGUGCCCCUGACUCUAAGCCCAGCGCCUUCCCCAGCGGUACUUUCCGAACCCAGCAGUGUCCCGGAUGGAGAGACGCUCCUGUCUGAGACCCGAGGGGACCCACCGCGGCUAAAACGUCGGUCCAGGGAAACGGAAGGCCUCUACGCACACAAACGGUUGGCCAAGUCGGAAAGCAGUGAGUCGCUGGCCUCCCAGUGCAGCAGCAACAAUAGCGUGGGCGUGGGUGCAGUCGGGGGCGGUGGCCGCACUGCCUUGAGAGCCCUGCGAAGGCAGCAGCCCACCAGGUCUCAGUUAGAGCUAGCAGCCGACAGACUCGCCCUGCCAAAGCCUGAGCAGAGCCAGUGUGCCCCCCAGGUGCAGCGUGCAACAGACAUCACCAAAGAGUCACGUUCUCAGAAACAUCACAGGAUGCUGAAGGAAGUGGUUGCCAAAACACUGAAGGAGAAGGGCAUCACCAGCGAGCACAAGUGCUUUGAGGCCUGCAGCCAAAGGCUCUUUGAAAUCUCAAAGUUUUACCUGAAGGAUUUGAAAACCUCCCGUGGUCUACAUGAGGAAAUGAAAAAAGCUGCGAGGAACAACUCGAAGCAGGUUAUUGACUGGGUUCUUGAAAAAGCCUCCAAGAAGUAAGAAGAAAAAUUUUCAUAUUGUAGGCUCUCAUUUUCAGGCUGCUUGUCCCUCAGGCAACAUGAUCAGAAUUUAAAUGUGAACAUAACAAUUGUAUACUUUAUCAGAAAUGUAUAGUAAAAGGAAUGGUUCAAAACUUACAUGGUUGGUAUCAAAUUCAAGCAACACAAUGUUUCUAAGUGAUGAAAUGGAGAGGGAAGCCUUAAACUGUGUAAUAUAAAGUACUUGGUUAAUUAUUGCAGUGUUUAUAGUAUUUAAAGUGUCUUAAGGAAUGAAAACAGUGACCAAAAGUAGACUGUUACAUGAAAUAUUUGUCAAUAUAUGAUUGUUUUUUAAUUCAGUGGUAUUUAUUAAAGCUUAUACUAAAAGUAAAUUUGAGAUUUUUUUUUUUUUUUUUUCCCCCUUGUACUAUCUGGUCCUUUUUGUUCUGCCCUAUUGUCAUCCCAGGAGCUCAUUAUGUUUGUUGUCUUUGGUAGCAUCCUGCCUGCGUGGUAGCAUCUCGUUUUUGUGGUGUCGUUGAAAAGCUUGGCAGAUAAUCUGUCAGCUUGCACUUCUGAGAGCCUUUUUCUGGCAUGCCUCGAUUCUGACCGAAGUAAAGGCGUUUUUCUGCGAAAUAAACAACACGAGAAACUUCAGAAAUCAAAGCAAAGAUUGAACACCUAUGUGUUCCUUGCUUUGGAUGUCAUCAAAUUAGGCCUAUGUAUCCAUCUUUAGUCACAAUAGCGAGACCCAAAUCUUUCAGUAGUAAUAUGGCAAACCAUUUCACUUAACACCAUAUUCAUAUUACAUCGAUGCUCAGCCAUCAUUUAUUUUUCUUCAAUAUUCAG